AUGCAAGUCAAGGUCUUAGGCCGUCGCUCGACAAUUCAUAUGGGCUCAAUUACGCUCUUGUUUAGUGUUGAUGGUUUCUGUCAGUGUGCUACGUAUGAUUUGCUAUAUGAUGUGGUCAUGUGGUGCCUGGAUUUGCGUGUCCGGUCCUAUGGGGCCAUGCCGGCUCCCAUCAGAUGGUAUAACUUGUUUCUUAUGCUUCUAUAUCCCAUCUUGUAG